AUGGACUCCUUUGGCGAAAAUGUCGGGACCGAGACCGGUCUGCAGAUCUGGCGGGUUGAAAACUUCAAACCCGUGGCUGUUCCGAAAGAGUAUUAUGGGCAGUUUUACGUUGGAGACUCUUAUAUUGUGAUGGAUACGAUUGUCGAGGGGGAUUAUAAGUCGAUGAAUAUUCAUUUUUGGCUCGGAAAGGAUUCUUCUCAGGAUGAAAAAGGAGCUGCAGCGGCUUUGACCGCCCAGUUAGACGAGCUUCUUGGAGACAUUCCAAUUCAACAUCGAGAAGUUGAAAAAUGCGAGUCGUCAAAGUUCCUUUCCUACUUUCCCAACGGCAUCCAGUACCUCUGGGGAGGCGUGGCUUCCGGUUUCAAUCACGUCGAAGAUGAGUCCAAACCUCGACUGCUUCAUGUCAAGGGUAGCAAGAAGAUUAAUGCGACGGAAGUUGCUGUCUCGUGGGACUCGUUCAAUCAUGGAGAUAUUUUCAUUCUUGAGCAUCAGUCGCGCAUUUUUCAGUGGAACGGACGGGACUCCAAUCCCUUCGAGCGAAUCAAGGCUUGUCGACUUGCAAAUAAAAUCGCUGCUGCUGAGAAAUCUGGCCGUGUCAAGGUCCGAAUCGUCGAUGACGUCGAUGACAAGGAUGCCAUCCCUGAAGCAAUGCUCGAAGUUCUCGGUGAUCGACCUGAUAACAUCGCAGAAGCGACUUGUGAUAAUGUGACGCCAAUCGAGCUUCAUCGAAGCCCAGCUACACUCUUUCAUGUUUCCAACGCUAGUGGAUCUAUGCAGGUCAGCGAGAAAGGCACUGCUCCUCUUUCCCAAUCCAGCCUCGAGUCCGGCGAUUGCUUCCUGAUUGACGCUGCUGCUGCGAACAAGAUCUUUGUCUGGAAAGGAAAAGAUGCCGACUCUGAAGAGCGAAAGAAGGCCCUGCAACAAGCUGAAGAAUUUAUCUCCCAAAAAGGAUACCCAGCAUCGACUGCGAUUGAGAUCUUGCCUGAAGGAGGAGAGUCGACUUAUUUCAAAGAGUACUUUUCUGACUGGCAGCAUGUUGAGGAGUCGCCAGGAUUAAAGUAUUUCAAUCUUCGACCUCCAAAACUAUUCUGCGUCUCCGAUGCUGAUGGAGAACUUCGAGUUGAGGAAAUUCUCGGCUCUCUUGAACAAACCGAUCUUCUGCCAAAAGAAGUUUGCAUCUUGGACUGCUUUGAUAAAGUCUUUAUCUGGAAUGGAAAAGACGCAUCUGAUGCUGAAAAGUCGUCGUCUGAAGGAUUUGCGAAGAAGUUCUUGGAAACUGAUCCUCGAGGAAGAUCGAUUGAAACUCCAAUUGUCUUCGAAAACCAAGAGGAAGAAUCUGAUGAUUUCAAAGCCUAUUUUCCGGAAUGGGACAACAACUGCUUCGUUGAUCCGCAUCAGGUUUUGCUCGAUAUGGCCGAACAGAUGAAAUUACUGACUCAAAGACACUGCAGCUGCUAG